UCCGUUUUCUGGGUGUGCGUGCGUACCUCAACCAGUAACCGGUGACAUUUUCGAAAUUUAAACUAUGAAGUUGUAAGUGGUAAAUACUUUCAGAUGGCAAUUUUAACACCUUUCUAGCGAAACCUGUUUCCCCCUGUGAUAAAUUCCUGGCGGAAGCCCUACAGUUUAGAAAUAACUAGAGAUAUUCCAUCCAUCAUCCACAGAAAGAAAAUUGAUUUUCUGAGUACAUCAUACUGUUUUCAACGAAUUCUCAACAUUUUCAGUCUCUCUGGAAGCUUUCUGUUAUAAGAAGAAAUUAUUUCUCUUUUAAUGGUGAAUGACAAGUGGAAUAAAACUACAAGAUGAAUAACUAGUCAAAUUUAUUUUCAUGUACCUAUUAAUGUGUAAUAAUGUCAAUGAUUUUUCUCCAGAUCAAGUUUGGGACAUUUAAUUAUUUAAUUCCUUUUAAAGAGAUUAUUGGUGCAAUUAAGAAAGGAGCAUGCAGAUGGGGAGGAGGAAGUUAAGAGAAAAGAUUUAAAAGAGGGUUCCCAGUGCCGAUUCCGACACUGCAAAGAGGCCCUUGGCAGUGACACUGUGUGCUCAUUAUGGAGAGAGAAAAAAUGUUUAGAUCUACAUUGCAAAUUUAGACACAUGGAAGUGCAGCAAAACUGCAGCAUUUCAUGCUUCUGGGAAACUCAACCUCUUGGUUGUGUGAAGAUCAAUUGUAUGUUUCAUCACAGCAAACCUCGAAAUAUUAAUGGACUAUUUUUGGCAUCAAGUAGCAAAAUCACACUACAGAAAGACAGUCAGGAAGGAACUCCAUCCCCAACUCAGAGUCAGCAGAGUUUGAAGCCUCAGGAGAAUAUAUUAGGACCCAUUCACCAUCCUUUAGUUUUGAAAAUUAACUUUGAGGAGGAAGAGGAAGAAGAAGAGGAGGAACAAAAUGAUUAUUUGGAUUGGGGACAAUUUAAUUUUAAAAAAAUAUGUCCUAUAGAUACUUCUGAUUUGUGGACAAAGACUCCUGAAGAGAUUGAAGAAGAAAGAAUAAUAAAGGAGAUGUGCUAUAAAUCUGGCGAAUACUAUAGAUUUCAUACUCCUGCAGAUAUCUCAUCAAAAAGCACAGCUCCUGCAGUGGAAAAAAAGCUAGGAAAGCCUGUGGAAAAUGACAGUGAAUUGCAAGAAGGGGAUGGACUUACAAUUGCAACAAAAGUUAGCCCAGCCGAAAGGCAAGGCAAAACAAAAAUAUCAUUGGAUAGGAAACCAACGACUGACACUGCUGCUUUUGAAAAUGGAAGAGGUGACUGUUCUGUUCCACAAAGGAUUGGAUUUCUUGGAGUAGAUGAAAGUGAAAGUUUAACUGAAGAGAAAGAGAUCAUCAUGUCAAAAUGUCCAAAUACCAAAGAUAACAAGGACAGUCCUCAUCCAAAGUGUUCCUUAACUACCCGACUAGUACCCACCAUGCAUGUAUUAAAUGCUACUGAGAAUAUCAAUAUGAAUUCCAGAGAGGAUACCUCUUCAAUGAAUGAUGUCCACCCUGUGAAGAAGCCUCAUUUUAAAGGUGAGAAAAAAAGAAAAUGCAUUUAUGAUGAGCCAAAGAACUUUCCUGGCUCUGGAAUGCCAAGAGCAGUACAAGACCCAAAUCCAAAAAAUAAAAUGAAUUACCAUUAUCAUAAUAAAAACAGGAAUGCUGAAAAUGCAUCCCACAUCCACUUUCGAAGAGACGCAGUCAGGACUGUCACGUUGAGUGACCCUCCCUGCAACAGGCCCACAAAUGGAUCCUACAAUAAAGCUGAUGUUAACAAGGAACCCAAAAUCAAUGUCUGUCCAGACAAAUACAUGUCAACAACAUCAUAUAAUGGUUCAGCCUGGAGAAAAAGAAUUCCUUUUUCCAAAACUUAUUCAAAAACUUAAAAGAUAUAUCCAGAGCCAAGAAGAAAUGGGAGCAAGUAAACUUGGAGGUUGAGAGAAGAGAAAAAUGAGAAGAGAGAAAAAUGCCAGCCAUCAUUUGAUUUACAAUCAAAAAUGAAAACUCAAAGAAUGAAAUAUUCAAGUACCCGAUAUGGUAGACUAGAUUCCAGAGAUGAUAAAAUGCAAAUUCUGAAAAUAAAAUGCAGGAGGUACACUGCGCUCUUUCAAAACUGAUAAAAAUGCAAAUUACAAACAGCUGCUUGUAUUUAUAUAGGUCUGGCAUUCAUUCGAUGCAUUACCACAAACAUUUAAUAAAAUUUA